CCGUCGGGUUCCACCGGGAGCGUGAAGGCUCGAGCCGAUCGAAUCGAACCACCACAUGUCUCUUUUCCUUCGUCGGACCAUCGGCAAAUUCUCCCCUCGCCGUCGAACCACAACAACAAAACCUACGCAAACCCUCGCUUCCUCAUGCCUCGAGCCAGGAAGCGCCGUGCGCCCGCGGCCGCCGCCUCAGAAUGCUCCCCGGUGCAGGGGGUGACCCCUGGGAAGACGGCGGAGGCUGGUGUUAGGGUUAGGGACGAGGGUGAAGCGAUGGAGGUGGAGCCUGAGGAGGCCAACGGGUUGGAGUCCGAUCAGGAGGAUCCCGACGAAGUGGAGCCAGAGGAGCAGGACCCCGACGUGGAUGAUCCAGAGGAGGCGGAGGAGGACCCUGAGGAAGCGGCGGGCUCCGACGAAGGCGAUGGUAAUGAGGAGGGCGCAGACGAAGACCAGGGUAAUGGGGAGGAGGUGGUGGGGCUUGGAGACGAUUCGGCUGGGGUUGAGUCGGAGAAGGCUGGAAUUAAGAUUGGUGGCGACGAGGAGAAAGGUACGCCGAUUGUUUUGAAGGAAGGCGGUGAUGAAGAUACAUGUAUGGAGCCUGCGGUGGUAGAGAAGCCAGAGGAGGCUGUUAAAGAGGAUGCGAUGGAAAACGACACUGCAAAUCUCUCGGGUGAUGGCGCCACAACAGACGACAUGAAUGAAAUACCGGGAGAAGAACACGAAGAAUCUGGGGAUGAAGGUACUAAGGAUAAGGAUGGCAUUGCUGGCCAAUUAAGUGUCAAUGGUGAUGUGCGGACUGUUGAACUUGACCCCUCAUUGCCAGCGCUGGGUCCAGUUUCAGUGGAGAAUGCUAAAGACCUUGAACUAUUUGUUGGUGGAUUGCCUAAGGAUUGUGCUGAGGAAGACAUUACAGUGGUCUUCUCUCAGUUUGGGGAGAUUGAAUCUAUUAAAAUAAUUAAGCACUCAGCAAGAAAAAAGGGCAACUGCAUUGCUUUCGUUCGUUAUAUGAACACUGAAGCUGCAAAGAAGGCUGUUGCUGAAUUUAAGGAGGGAGUUGAGGUAAAAGGAAAAACGGUAACUGUAUCAGCUGCUCAAGGUAAUAAUACCCUUUACCUGGGAAACAUCUGCAAGAGCUGGACAAAAGAUAAGGUGCUAAAUACCUUGAAAAGUAUUGGAGUUGAAGAACUUGAGAUGAGUUUGCCUGAUGAUCCUGAUACUGGAGGACGAAACAGAGGGUUUGCUUUUCUCAAAUUUUCUGCACUUGACAAAACCGAAGCUGCAUUUCAGCAGUUAUUAAAGCAACGAGAUGCAUUUAUAGACAUUGAUAGAAGUGCAAAUUUUUCUGCUCGAACCCCUACAGAAUCCAGUGAGGAGCUUGCAAUGAAGAUUAAAACAGUAUACCUCGAACAUGUUCCUCUUUCUUGGGAUAAGAGCAAAAUCGAAGAAUGUUGUGAAGCAUAUGGGGAGAUACAUGAAGUUCGACUUGUAAAGAAAUCGAGAAAGAAAAUUUCUUUUGUUGAAUUCUCAUCCAGAAUGAGUGCAUUAGCUUGUGUGGAAGGAAUAAACAGUGCCAAGAUUGGUGGUGAGGGUGGUGAGGUUAAGUUGGCUGCCAGUCUUGCUCGACCACGUCGUUUAAAACUGGACGACAGUGCCAAAGGUGGGUUGAAGGUCAAUAGUGGUGCAACUUCUGAAGACGCUAACAGUUCUAUAAAGAAAAAGGACCAGAAAAAGGAGGUUGUGGUAAAGAGUUCAAAUAAAUUGCUGAAGCGUGACGUGGACAAGCUGGUCUCACAAGUUGAUGCAGAAGUAGCACAAACAUCCAGCCGUUAUAAGGGCAAAAAGAAAUCUGGAAAGAACGAAAGUACCUCUGUAAAUGAAAGACCAUCGAAGAAAGCACGGAAGAAUCGAGAUGUUCCAACAAGAUCAUCCAACAGAACGCGUCAUGGUGGUUCUUCUAGAGCUGCAUAUGGAGGAAAAUCUGCUGGAAAUAUGAAGCUUUCUGCAGGAGCUCGAUAUGCAACUAGCUACCAAUCUUACCCUGCUGCGGGUGCAUCUUCCAGAUCUAAACCAAAUUCCCGUGACUUGGAACCUCAUGCUGGAUACAUCCCUCCUGCAAAUCGUAUUCCUGCAAAUCAUGUUCAAAUCACCUACGUGUAUGAUCAGCCGAGAUCUGCGCCAUCCACUUUCUGUCAUAUUGAUAGCGUUCCUCAUGCUAGAGAAAUAGGAGCUCUGCAACCAACCUAUUCUAUUUACACAAGCAAUCCUCAAUACCAGGGUGGAUACGCAUACACUUACCUUCCUCCGCCUCCAAGUGGAUCCUACCGUCUAGGAAGUGGUGCAUACAGUCCUCCAAGGAGAUACACUGACUACCGCUGAGUUCCUCAUCGAAACAGAAUGGCUACAGUUUUCAGGAACCCUGGUGCUGUUCUUUUAUGAGAUGCUGAUGGUGGAAAUAAAUAAGUUCAAUUGCGUGUACAUGUGAUCUUUGCUUUCGGUUUUGUUGAGAUUAUGUUCCAAUCCAAGAAAAUUGUUUUAAAAAAAUGAACCUUGGUACCUCUUGCUUCUCCGGUUCUACCCUCGUUAACAAAGUGAUGAUAGGAAAGUGCGGCAUGUACUAUGUUUUCUUUUGAAGAUAACCCGUAUAGGAAAAAUGUCAGAUGGUUAAAUCAUUGUGCAUCUGCAUUUCUGCACGAUGAAAAUUCUGCUACCCAAA